AUGAGUACUUACAAGGUGAGCCAGCUAGAUGCGUAUUUUUUAGACAAAAUUUAUCACCAGUUCAUUAAGGAGCAGUUUUUAAAACCUUUUGCAUAUUCAGGAUGGAUCAAAAUAGCGAUUGAAAUAGGAAUUAUGACAUUUUACCAAUAUUUUACACUAUGAAAAGGAGCAAAUACUCCAGGGAACAAGCUUUAUAACGUAAAAUAUCAAUUUUCAGGUUCUUUUGCUCUUAAAAUGAUACAUUACUCAUUAGAAUGCUUAAAUAUCCUGAUCGGAAUUAUUAACUCCCCCCCCAUCCUUGAUCGAACGAUUGACUGUAAAAAUUCCUAAAAAUUGGGGAAAUUAACCUCCAUCCUUGAUCGAACGAUUUUCAUAUCAUGCAAAUUUUUUAUAUAUAUAAAAAUAUAAUAGUUAUCAAAAGCUUGGGAAGAUGUACCUAAUGAAGUUGUUUUCAGAGACUUUGAGACGAUAGAAAGCUUCAGAAUCAACCGUAUGAAGUGAUUCAGUCAUUAGCCUAGGCUUAAAAACUCGAUAAUUUAAUAAAAUAGAGAUUUUUUAAAAUUUUUAAAAAACAAAUUUUAAUUUAAUAAGUAACAAAUUAAAAUUUAUACAGUUUAAAGGGGUAACUAAUAAAUUAAAAUAUAAAAAAUUGGUAUUUUUAUGAAAUUAAUUCAAUUUUUUGCUGUAAAAAUAAUUAUUAAAUACUCUUAACCCUCUUAUUUAAAAGUAAAUAAAAAAAAAUUUAUAUAUAUAUUUUAUUUUAUAUAUAAAAUUGUUUUUCCCCAAAAAAAAUUUUUUUUAACCCCCAUCCUUGAUCGAACGAUGGCGAGUCGUUCGAUAAAGGAUGGGGGGGAGUAAGGAAAAAUCUCCAGCAGCUCACCGCCUAUGAAGUCUUGGAGUAGGCGCUAAUUGAAUAACUUUUCUUAUUUUUGGCAAAUAUCGCACAUUAAUGGAAAGGUUUGGAAAAAUCUCGCUUGUAAUUCCUAAUUAGGAACUCAUAAAUCCAGAAGCACGAAGAAAUGUCAAUUAUUCUUAUACAAACAGAAUUCUCAUUUUUCAAAUAAUUACAGACACAAUGAGGGCUGUUCUCCCUAUGCUAAAAAUCGACCAAAUUUUGAGAUUUUUCUUUGACGAAAUCAGCCUUUCAUAGUAACUUUUAUAUAGUGAAGGAGAUCAAUCCUGUGUAAUUUGUGGAGAAGAAGAUGUAGUGACUCCACAACAUCUAGGCAGCUGCCAGCAUCUAGCUUGCUAUGUAUGCAUCAGUAAAAGUAAACAAAAAGCUUGUCCACGUUGUCAGUAA